AUGACCAUUCUACUUGGGUGUGGAUUUUACUUUGUUGGAUAUAUUCUCCACACGGUAUCGCUUAAUGUUAAUUUCAAUACGAAAUUAAAACCGAAUUGCUCUGAUGGAUCCUGUAUGCGAAACAGAAAAGUGAAAAAUGAUACUUCAAAUAUUCUUAUCCUCACAAGCGGAAGGGCAGGAUCUUCAUUCCUCGGCGAGAUUUUCAAACGAAACGACAGAAAAACACGGUACGUUUUUGAACCGCUGCGAAAGAUCCUCCAAAAUGUUUUUAUUGCUGAUCAUUUGAAGUUUAAGGCAAUAAAUAUAAUUUCUGAGUCGUUCAGGUAUCGAAAUACAAGGAACAGUGAUCAGACUGAUCAAAAUAUCGUAGUGAAAGAGUUGAGUAUACGAUUUCCUCAAAAUGGAUCAUCUUCUGUCCUAGAAAAUCUUAUGCGAUAUUCAAAAUCCUGGAAUAUGCGCAUCAUUCAUUUAAUUCGUGAUCCGCGCCAUGUUAUUCCAUCGAUGCAACGACUUCGCUGGUUUGCUGGAAAUUCCACGUCGCUGGAACAGCAAAUACGUUCAGUUUGUGAGACAAUAUGGAGUAACAUAAAAUACGGCCGAAAAAGAAACUACGCUCUGAUAAAGGAUCACUACAAACUUGUAGUGUUUAGAAAUAUGAUGAUCCAUCCUUAUAAAACGGCUGAAGCCCUUUACGAGUUUGCAGGUAUGGGUUCUGUUCCUGCUAGUGUGCCUGCCUGGAUUAAAUCCAGUACCAACGGGAUUGGAAAUUAUGAAGGGUCGCUAUCUUAUAAGACAACUAGAAAUACGACAAAAGUUCUUAGUAGAAAGAUAGCGAUGUCUGAAGAGACAAGCAAUUUCGUACACAAACAUUGUUGUAAUAUCAUAAGCUUCAUCCAGGAAUUUCAAGAAAUGGAGAAUAUCUAG